AUGAAGUACUUCGCCGAAGAGAGUUACUUAGCUGCAAGCAAUCAGAAGGAUAAUCUCGCUGAUUUCUAUGUGAAACUUCGACGCCUUGCGGAAGAAGUUGAUUUAUGCCCAGGUACCGCCGUCGCAUGUGAAGAGACCCAGCUGAAAAUGAUUAUCUUGAUGGGCAUUCGAGACGCGGACUUGGUUCAGAAGUUGAUCGCCUUGGAUGUCAAUUCUUCUUUGCAAGAUUUCAUCACCACCUGUCGGUCGUAUGAGGCGGCUAAAACUGCAACUUCUGCCAUACGUGCCCCAACUAAUCAGCUGUGUGCUGUUUCGGCCUACAAGAGAAGCAAGAAGUCAAGCGGAAAGCAUCCACCUUCGCCGAAACCCUCGAACCCAGCAACUUGGUGCCAGUACUGUGCUCAUCAGCAUGAUCAAGACAAAUGCCCUGCGGCCAACAGUACUUGUAAAAGCUGCGACCGCGUUGGCCAUUGGUCCAGGACCAUGAAGUGUCCUGCCAGCAAGGUCCAGUGCUGUCUGUGUCACCGCAUUGGACACUUCGAUAAGUGUUGUAGGGAGAAUAAGAAGAAUCUUCGUCAGGACAGAUCUUCAAGCAACAGUGGUGCCUCUUCAGUCAACAAAUCGCAAGAUUCAAGGACCAGGUGUCGUCGCCUAGGAUUGCCUCGCACCAUUUCUAAGACGCCCAAACCUAUCUGUGUCCUCUUGUCGUUUGGCGAUGUUAAGUCUCGCAUUAAAAUGUUACCAGACACAGGUGCCGAUGUCACUGUUAUUGGAAAGCAGCACCUUGACACAUUGGGUAUCUCCAGGAGCUGUUUGCAGACGCCUCCGCAAAGUGCGAUGUUCACCGCGGAUGGAUCUCCAAUGUCACCUGCUCUGGAAGUCAAACACGUCAAUAGAGUCAAGGAGCUACCCAUCUCAGCGACCACAUCACCUUCAGCAGCAAAGGAAUACUUUCUUCAAGAGUUUCAAGAUGUGUUAGUCUCGAAAGAAGAGUUGAAGACAGCUCCUCUCAAGCCUAUGGCUGGUCCUCCCAUGAGAAUCCACCUUAAGGAUGGUGCAGUGCCUUUUGCCAUCCACACCCCAAGACAGAUUCCAUUCGCUUUUAAGGACCAAGUCAAAGAAGAGCUUGACUCCAUGGUGGCCCAAGGGAUAAUCAAACCUGCUGGUGAUGACCCGUCAGUUUGGUGCCACCCUCUCGUCGUCGUUCCUAAGAAUGGGACAGGAGUACGAAUUACUGUCGAUCUGACCAAGUUGAACAGCCAGGUUUCUCGUCCAGCCCAUCCUUCACCCACACCCUACGCCGCUAUUCGCAGUGUAGGCCCGAAGGCUCGUUAUUUCACCACAGCUGAUGCUCUCUAUGGUUACUGGCAGAUGGAACUGGCAGAAGAAGAUCAGCAUUUAACCACCUUUAUUACACCAUAUGGUCGGUUCAUACAUUGCAGAGGACCGAUGGGCUUCGCAGCUACUGGAGACGCCUUCUGCCUGCGAGGUGAUAUGGCCCUUCAAGGUGUCCAAAACUGUGUUAAGGUCUUAGAUGACCUUCUCCUCCACGACGAAGACUACGCUACACACCUUCAUCGUAUCCACGAAGUGCUCACCCGGUGCCGCAAGUUUGGGAUCACACUCACAAGGAUAAAUUUGUGGUCGCUGCACCCUCCGUGA